AUGAUGCUGUCAAGCCAAGAGGUUCUGGAGCUUCCCAAUGGGACGCCGAAUGUUCUCUAUUUGAAUAUUGUGGUUCAUGACGCAACAGAUGCAGUGGAAGCCAAGGUCAAGCAAAAACUGAAGCGAUCGAGCCUCUUGCCGCGGCAACUCAGUAAAGCCGUGGCCAACCGUGCAGCGAGAGCAGCAAGUGGAAUCGCUUCGAAUCCUGUGAUCGCUUCCAUGCUAGGCGAAAAGUUACCCCAGAAGAUCAUUACUAAAAUGGAGGAAAAAGGAAUCACGGUGGCUUGUUUUGAAGUGUUCCGAGAAGGUCCAUAUGUUGUGUUUCAAAUUCAAGUGCUCAAGGUGGACGCAGUUGUCUUGACAAAUUCAAAGCAUUCCAGCACUGGGGUAGUCUUGAUGGGCACCAUCAUAAAACAUGGGUUUGGACUCAUAGGAACCAACAAUCAGCAGUGGGUUGAGGAAGGCUUCCUCCCACAAGUUGUCCAAAAGAAACUGGAAACAAUAAUACCAGAGUUACUGGCUGGAAAGCUAGAGGAAAAGAACUUGGUUGCAGAUACUGUAGUCCUUGGAGAAGCAAAGCAGUCUAGAUACUUCUUUGCCAAGUACAGAGAGAUCCAAAUGCAAAAACCUGUCGGUUUCUCCAGCAGAAUGAGAAGUUCAAGUGGCAAUAGUUCCAGUUUGUUCAAGCGCAGCAAUAGCAGUGCUAGUGUUGAUGCAUUUUCUGAAGCAGCAUGA